CCCCAACCCGAAAAUGCCGGUGGCCAGCCCUCUGAAGGUGAUCGAAGGGCCAAAGGUUGUCAGCGUGCAGCUGGGCAACGGCACCAAGAUCAAAGGGACGGUGCUGCCUGUCUCCACUAUCCAGAACGCCAGCAGCGCCAUGCUCAUGGCUGCCAGCGUGGCCCAGCAGAAGGCAGUGGUGCUGCCCAGCAAAGCUGUGGCCAAGAACAUCAUCAGCCUGGUGCCGCAGGCCCUCCCCAAGGCUCCCGACACCAGGGGCAGCCUCGGCACCGCUGCCCAGCCGGCCGCAGGAACCGCUGCAGCCAACCAGAAGGUCAACGGCACCACAGUGGUGGUGAUGCAGCCCCAGAAGUCUUCUCCUGCCGUCGCCGGCACGGUCAUCUCCCGCAGCCAGUCCAGCCUGGUGGAGGCCUUCAACAAGAUCCUGAACAGCAAGAACCUGCUGCCCACCUACAAGCCCAACCUGGUGCCGCCGGCGGACUCCAGCCUAACCCUGCCGCCGCUUGGCUACCGCUGCCUGGAGUGCGGGGACGCGUUCGCCCUGGAGAAGAGCCUGGCCCGCCACUACGACCGCCGCAGCAUGCGCAUCGAGGUGACCUGUAACCACUGCACCAAGCGCCUGGCCUUCUUCAACAAGUGCAGCCUUCUCUUGCACGCCCGCGAGCACAAGGACAAGGGGCUGGUCAUGCAGUGCUCCCACCUGGUCAUGCGGCCCAUCGCCCUGGACCAGAUGAUCGGCCAGCCGGACAUCACCCCCUUGGUCUCCGUCGCCUCCCUGAACGCCAGCAAAGUGGCUGCCGCCGCUGCCGCCACCGCGGGGGGCGUGGCACAGGAGACAGUAGCUGCCACUGCCAACGGGGGCGCGUCGCAGGAUCUGCCCGUCCUGCCUUUGAAUGGCGGCACCGAGUCAGCCACCACCAACUCCUGCCAGUGUCUGGAGUGUAAGGAACAGUGUAAGGAUAAAGCGGGCCUGGCAGCUCACUUCCAGCAGGCGACUCCAUCCUCUUCCACGGUGUGCAGCACCUGCCCCAUGAUCAUGCCCAACCGCUGCAGCUUCGGCGCCCACCAGCGCAUGCACAAGAACCGGCCGCCCCACGUGUGCCCCGAGUGCGGGGGGAAUUUUCUCCUGGCCAACUUCGAGGCCCACCUGAAGGACGCCUGCCUCCAUUUCUCCCGGAGGAUAGGUUACAGGUGCCCAAGCUGCUCGGUGGUCUUUGGCGGAGUGAAUUCCAUCAAGUCUCACAUCCAGACAUCGCACUGCGAAGUUUUCCACAAGUGCCCGAUUUGCCCCAUGGCGUUCAAGUCGGCCCCCAGCGCCCAUGCCCACAUCUACACCCAGCACCCAGGCUUCAGCAACCAGCAGUCCAAGAUGAUCUACAAGUGUGCCAUGUGUGAUACCGUCUUCACCCACAAGCCUCUGCUCUCCUCGCACUUUGACCAGCAUUUGCUCAACCAGAGGGUCAGCGUCUUCAAGUGUCCCGACUGCCCCCUUCUCUUUGCCCAGAAGCGGACCAUGUUGGAGCAUCUGAAGAACACUCACCAGCCCCAGAAGCCCAAGGAGGAGCCUGCCAAGAAGCCCGCCCCUGCCGCUGCCCCCCUCACCCCCAAGCAGGAGCCGGCGGAAGAAGUGCCCCCUCCCCCGGUUGCCAAGAUCUCGGAGUCCUCGUCCUCCUCUUCCGAAGAUGAAGACCCGCCCAGCUCUCCAGAGGUGCGCAAGAACAAGCGGGGGCGCUUCCAGCGGAAGCCAGAGGUGGGCAGGCGCUCCCGGAGCAACGGCUGGACCUGCGGCAUCUGCCACUCCUGGUUCCCGGAGCGAGAUGAGUACGUUGUGCACAUGAAGAAGAUCCACGGCAAGUGUGUGAAGAAAUUUCCAUGCCGCUUGUGCGAACGCUCCUUCUGCUCUGCCCCCAGCCUGCGGAGACACGUUCGGGUGAACCACGAAGGCAUCAAACGCGUCUACCCCUGCCGGUACUGCACUGAAGGGAAGCGCACUUUCAGCAGCCGCCUCAUCCUUGAGAAACAUAUCCAGGUGCGCCACGGCAUCAAAGUGACCGAUGAGACACGGAGUCAGGAGGUGCUGAUCACCCGCCUGGGCUCCAGGAACUCGCAGGCAUCAGGCCGGAAACGCAAGCUGUCCUCCGACGAAGGGGACUCGUGCAGCGAGGAGCCGGACAGCACCACUCCCCCUUCCAAGACCCCCAAAGGUGACCGAAAAGCCCAGUACCAUUGCCGCAAGUGCGGCUACGUGGCCCCCACAGCUGCGGACUUCCAGGAACACAUCCCCCAGCACCGGACAGGCGAGAGCGCCCACCAGUGCCGUGAGUGCGGGCUCUGCUUCACCUCUCAGGUCUCCCUCAACCGCCACCGCUUCAUCACCCACAAGAAGAAGAGGGGGGCGGGCGACGCCGAGGAGCCUGGGGCCCGGGGCGACCCCGAGGGGGGCUCCCCGCCGGACGCCGAGGGGAAGCUCUCCUGUACGGUGUGCGGCAAGCGCUUCGACACCCAGCUCAACCUGAAGACGCACUUCCGCACCCACGGGAUGGCCUUCAUCAAAGCCCGGCAGAAUGUGGGCGCCGAGAACUAG